AGCUUAGCUACCUUUCCCUUCCCCUCCACUCUCUCCGCUCCCCCCAUUAAUAUCCACCUCCCCCCUCUCCAUCUUCCUCCUCCAACUCGCCAUUACCAGCCGUAGAGGGAGCUCAGCUCAGCCGCCGAGACAGAUAUACAAAAGAUCUCGAGCUCUCUCUUCUUCCCUGCGAGCUGUACUGAGCAAGCUAGCUAGGGUUUGUUGAUUUCUUCUUAAUUCCUAUGGAUCAGAGCAGCUUCGGGAAUAUUCUCGGGGGCGGGGGAGGGAGCUCCAAGGCGUCGUUCCUGCAGCUCCAGCCGCUGUCCCCCAUGGGCGGCGGCGCGUACUACGGCACGCCGCUCGCGUUGCACCAGGCCCAGCAGGCCGCCGCCGCCGCCGUUGGGGGUUCUUCUUCGUCGCAGUACGGCCACCACCAGUACAGCAGCAGCAGCAGCCAGAGGCAUGGCGGCAGCGGGGCGGAGAUCUCGGCGGCGGAGGCGGAGGCCAUCAAGGCCAAGAUCGUCGCGCACCCGCAGUACUCGGCCCUCCUCGCCGCCUACCUCGACUGCCAGAAAGUGGGCGCGCCGCCAGAGGUGAUGGAGAAGCUGACGGCCAUGGCGGCGAAGCUCCCUUCGCCGGGCCACCACGAGCAGCGCGGCGACCCGGAGCUCGACCAGUUCAUGGAGGCGUACUGCAACAUGCUGGCCAAGUACAGGGAGGAGCUGACGCGGCCCAUCGAGGAGGCCAUGGAGUUCCUCAAGCGGGUCGAGGCCCAGCUCGACUCCAUCACCGGCGCCGGCCAUGGCGGCUCCUCCGCCCGCCUCUCCCUGCUCGCCGAUGGCAAGUCUGAAGGCGUUGGCUCUUCGGAGGAUGACAUGGACGUGAGCGGCCGCGAAGACCCACCGGAGAUCGACCCACGUGCCGAGGACAAGGAGCUCAAGUACCAGCUUCUGAAGAAGUACAGCGGCUACCUGAGCAGCCUCCGGCAGGAGUUCUCCAAGAAGAAAAAGAAAGGGAAGCUCCCAAAGGAGGCCAGGCAGAAGCUGCUUCACUGGUGGGAGCUGCACUACAAGUGGCCUUACCCCUCAGAGACGGAGAAGAUCGCGCUUGCAGAGUCGACAGGCCUUGACCAGAAGCAGAUCAACAACUGGUUCAUCAACCAGAGGAAACGGCAUUGGAAGCCGUCGGAGGACAUGCCGUUUGUCAUGAUGGAAGGAUUCCACCCACAGAACGCGGCGGCGCUCUACAUGGACGGCCAGUUCAUGGCUGACGGCAUGUACCGCCUUGGUUCGUGAACCAACUUGGAACAAUUGAUCUAGCGAAAGGCGUGCCAAACGUGUCGCAAUGCAUGGACAUUGUUGUGGAAUUUUUGGGACCUUCGCCGAUUGACAGGGGCUCCCGUAGUGCCGAUGAUGGCUUAUAGUUCUCCAGUAAUGUUGUUAAUUCGACGGCUUGUAAUUUAGGUGUAUUUGGAUCUCCAUGCUCGUAACUGUUAAUUAAAUUGGUGAUGGUCUAUUUCAUAUGAUUGUACGUUUCAGAUUGGUGAAACAUGUUCAAAGUUGCCUAUCUGAAUCAAUUGUAUACAUGGCUUUCUCUUUUACAGAUGAA